UAUAUAUGAGAUUACACCGUCAUAAAUAAAUGGAAAGAUUAUAAAUCAUAAUCUCUUGGUUAUGAGCCAUCCACAAUUUGGAUCAUAAAAAAAAACUAUAUUUUCGUAAGAUUAGUUCUGUUAUCCCAACAAGUUAAUCGUUGACUUGAAAUGCAAGAAAAAAAACAAAACAAUCAUGUUUUUGUAGACAUUCCAAGAAAUCAUCAAUUCCCAGGUUAACUUCUUGUCCAAAAGGAACUAAAAUUUUCAGGCAGAGCGUGAUAUGGAGAGACCAGUGAGCUUUGACGUGACCGACUAUAACCCGGAGGGAGAUGACUGGAGCAACGACUUAAUACCCCACAGAGAUUCGAUGAGCGGAUCAUCGUCACCACCAAUCCACCAAAAUCCGGAGAUUAAAAGCCCUGAGGACGCAACGGAGUACGUGACCAUCACGCUAGACAUUCAGGGAGACAACGUGGUCGUCGAGGAGAACACAGAGCCGAUGGUACGGAGGCGGCACGGGUCGAGGAAGAAGUCUGUGGUGAAUCGUCGUACACUCGAUGAACCAUCAAGAUCGAAGUUUGAUUCGUCAGAGGCCUUGAAAGCUCUUAAAAUGUUCAUCAGCAUGACCGAUGCUGGUUGGAUCGCCGUCGAGAGGCGGUUUGAUAAGAUGACUGCCAAAACUGGUGGACUGCUGGAUCCGUUAAAUUUUGGUGAAUGCCUAGGUAUAAACUCGAAGGAAUUUGCCUUGGGAUUGUUUUACACAUUGGCAAGACAGAGAGAUAUAUCAUGUGAGGGGGUUAGUAAAAGUGAACUAUUGGAAUUAUGGUGUCAAAUAAAUGAUCAAUGCUUUGACUCCAGGCUUAGGAUGUUCUUUGACAUGGCAGAUAAGGAUGGUGAUGGUAGACUAUCAGAAGAAGAACUUAAACAGUUUAUAAGGCUUACUGCAUCCGCAAACAAUCAAUCCACCACACAGAACAUGGUUGAUAAAUAUGCAGCAAUGAUCAUGAAAGAGCUUGAUCCAAAUAAUUUUGGAUACAUCAUGAUGGAAAGUCUUGAGGUACUGCUGCUAGAUGUGGAAACACACUCUGAAAAUAAAAUAACAAGUACUGAUCAGGAAACAAAGAAGCCUACAACAAAGAGAUGGUACAAAGUUAUUCGAGACAUCCCAUCCUCCUCUUUGAUUCCUUGCUUGAAGAAGACAUCAUCUACAAAGAAGACAUGAUUCGUCAAAUUCUCAAGCGUACAUCACAUGAAAAGAAAUGGAUUACUACACGUCACAAGACACGUAAAUAGUCCAAACCCAAAAUCAAUAUGAAUUCAAACCUCAAAACUGUUUUGUUUUUUUCAAUUUUGUAAGAUUAUACUUUGAUUACAUUUGAAGUAAAUCGUGAGAGUCGAGACUAUGUACUUUUUGUUAUAAAAGUAACUAGACCCAACGCGGGUGUGAAUUUUCGGUUUAUGGUUAUUCAUUUAACUAAAUGAUGUAUUUGUAUUAUUUGAUGUAUUAUAUUUACCAAGUAAAUAAUUUUUUUGGCAUCUUAAACCAUCUAUUUAUGAUGAAUAUUCGAUAUCAUAUACAAAAUUGAACAAAUAGACGUAAUUAGAGAAUUGUAGACGAUAUAUAAAAACAAUGGUUAUUAAUGUAAAAUAUGAAGAAAUAUUAUAUCAUGACUUAGUAUGACAUAAAAGACUA